GUAAUUGUGUUGUGGUGGUUGGAUUUGCAUUUUGUAAUAAUAGAAUAAUUAGGAAAAAUUGUAAGUAUAAGACUUGUUCCCUAAUUAUAAAAAUAAACCAUCAGUUUUGUAUUAUUGUUGCACUAUUAAUAAAUUAUGUUAAUCGAAAUAUGUGUCAGAGAACUAAUUAAUCGUUCCAUUAGUGUUAAUAUAACUUCAUUCCUUUCAUGAUUUCUUUCAUUUUAGAAAUGGAAGGCGCGUACGAUGAAAUCAUUUCCGAAAAUCCAUUCUUCGUGGAGUUGAAAAAUGAAUACGCAAAUUUAUUUCAACAUUGUAUCGCACAGUCUUGGAUAAUAUGCGUUCCUCGAAUAGGAAGUUUGUCCACAAGAGUUUUCACAGUUGAAGAUUUCUGUGCUCACAUACUCGUUCCUAGUGACGAGUUGCCGGAAUCUCACUACAGCACACUUACAGAGAAACAGGUAACAGUAGCCAAUAAAGUAAUUACUCUAGAAGUCACAAAGAGCUUACCUUUACAAAGCCACAUACUAUUUGAAGAAACAUUCUAUACAGAAGAUUUCAUUAAGUACAAAGUGUGGUGUAUUGAAUAUCCUCUCGAACCUACUACAAAUACAGGAACUCAUUUGAUAACUAAAGAAUAUCUAACAUCAAUCAAUGAUUGUAUUGAUUUACUAUGGACCCAAGCUGCGGGUAGACAAGUACUUGACCAAAUAGAACAAAGUGUUCAGUUAUUUUUAAAGAAUCAACCUUCUUUGCCUAUUGCCAUUGGACCUCUAAGGGAUUCUAUAAGUGAGUUGUACACGCAAUGCCUCCAAUAUGCAUUACAAAACAGAAGGUUAAGAGAAAAAUCUAAAGUUUGUAAAACAGUCCUUGAGAAUAUUAAGAUGGCUGUAGAAUGCUAUAUGCAACAACUAUUAUUUGAAAGUAUAUUUAAACCUAUUUGUACAUCUUGUGCUUAUGAAGACUCACAUUUAAAUAAAAAAAUCAGAAAUAUGUGUGAUAUUCAACUUAAAGACUUGGAUAUUAAAAAGGAACUUUUCCAUGCAGUACCUAAAGCUAAACAAAUACUAUCAAAAAUUGAUACAUAUAGUACUGUUUUAGAGAAAGUGUUAUGUUUAAAGCAAGCACUAAAUACAAUUAAUAAGACUGAUAGUAGUAACAAUGUGGUUCUUUUAACGGCUGAUGAUUUGUUGCCUGUGUUUGUUUUUCUUGUAAUAAAGUCAGGAUUACCAAACUGGUAUAGCCAGCUCACUUAUAUGAAAGAGUUUCGUUUCAGUGGAGUAGGCAAGGGUGAUGCUGAUGAAAGUGCUUUCCUGAUAACUACUUUAGAAGCUGUUAUAGAGCAUAUACAGUCUGGGGCAUUAUCAGGUCCUCCAGAUCCUGAAUCAUACUAUUAUGAAAGUGAUUUGACUGAAGACAAUCUUAAUGAGAGACAAAGGAAGAAUAGCUUUACUGAAUCAAUAUCGACAUCAGAUACAAACACUAGAGAUGAAACAUUAGAAUAUAUAUUUGAGCUUAUCAAAGCUAAUCAUACAGAACAAGUUCAAGCAAUACUUUUGAGAAAUAAAAGGCACUUGGAAACCAUUAAAGAACAUGAGAGUGAAAUUUUGAAAGUAUCAUUAGACAAAAAAUACCAGUUUCAUAAUGAGGAUUAUGAUGAUAACAGUGACAGCGAUUCUGAUAUUUAUGAAAAGUUGUGUCAUCCAUUGUGUAAUUGUAAAAAAUGUUGCAGUAAGAUUUUCAAAAAUCUCUUAAAAACCUCUCCAACUGUAACAUCUAGAGAUAGUCAUGGCCUUACACCCUUACAUGUUGCAUGCAUCCAUGGUAAAGCAGCUAUAGUGGAGUUGUUAAUUGAAAUGGAAGCAGACAUAGAUGCAACAGACCUCAACGAAUGCUCUCCCAUGCAUUAUGCAGCUUCCAGAGGGCAUCAGAAUGCACUGUUAUUAUUACUACAUUCUGGAGCUAAUAUUAAUAAAACAAAUGUUGAUAAGAAUACCCCACUGCAUCUAUGUGUUAAUAAUGGUCAUAUGAACUGUGUCAAAGCUCUUAUCUAUUUUUCAGAACAUUCAAGGAAGAAGCUCAUGAUAAAUGCCACCAAUGAAAAUGGUAAUACUCCUUUACAUUUAGCAUCUAAAUGGGGUUAUGAGGGUAUUGCCAGGUUACUUAUAGAAAAUGGAGCGGAACCUUCCAUCCAAAACCAUAACAAUAAAUCAUCAUUUGACUUUGCUCAUAAUUUAAAAAUUUUGCAAGUUCUCAAAUCUGUCACACCAAAUUUAUAUGAAUAUAUACACAUCACAAGUUCAGAUGUAACAGUUUUAAACUCUAAACCUGAAAAACUUUUUAACACGAAAUUCCAGAAGUUAAAGUUCAAGGAAAAUAAUGCUAGCAAAACAGUUAAAAACUUAAAAACAAUUGAGAGAAUCUUUAAAGCAAUUUCAUAUGGUGAUGUGAAAUUGGCUUGUUUUUAUAUGAAUAUUGACUACACAAAUUAUAAGAAUAAUAAUUCAAACACAACUUUGUGUCAUCCUUUGUGUGCGUGUCGGUCUUGCAAGAAAAAUAAUGAAUCACAAACCGAUUUCGAUGUCAAUUUUCCCGACUCAAAUGGCUUUACAGCAUUACAUUAUGCUGCAAAGUAUGGAUUAGAUGAGUUAUGUAACAUCCUUAUACUUAAUAAUGCAAAUGUUAAUUGUCAAAAUAAGAGAGGACAAACCCCAUUGCAUUUGGCAGCUCUAAAUAACAAGACUGUGGUAAUUGAAAUUCUUACUAACAAUGGUGCCAAUAUAAAUACAAUAGAUUUAUCAGGAAACACACCAUUACAUAACGCUUCUGAAAUGGGCAACAUUGGAGCUUCCAAAGUACUUUUAAACAAAAACCCUGAUAUCACAAUGCUAAAUGGAUCUGAAAAAUCUGCACUUAGCAUAGCCAAAGAGAAAGUUCAUUUGACUAUUAUUGAUUUAAUAGAAAAAUAUGCCAAUAAGUCAUAGUCAUUGGUUUUGAAAAUAUAAUCACAGGGUUCUUGGUGUAUUUUAUUAAUUAGGCGAUGUAUAUUUAUGUUAAGUUUAAUUGUUUUUUUAACUUAAUUUAAAGGAAACUAUAUUUACUAUUAUGCUACUUAAAAAGUCAUUCCAUUUUUUUGAAAUUACAUAUUAUGGAUACUUAAAUGCACACUUUUGUAAAUUAAUUUAUUUAAACACCACAACUCGAAUAGCCUGAGUUCUAAAUCAGGACACGUAAGUUGAACCAUGACGGCG